GAAAGGCCUUGGGAAAACAACCGGGAAGAAGUUAUGUUAUAAAGGCUCCACGUUCCAUCGUGUGGUUAAAAACUUCAUGAUUCAGGGUGGGGACUUCAGUGAAGGUAAUGGAAAAGGUGGAGAAUCAAUUUAUGGUGGAUAUUUUAAAGGUAAGGCCUGAUAUUUUAUGGUCUUUCAUUUCAGUUCUGAUAUUAAAGCAAGUUUGAUCAUAUACUUUUAAUGAGAAGAGGUUUACUUAUAGUUCACUUUUUGCAUGAAACUAAUGCUGCAUGAAAAUACUUUAUUUGCAUGAAUUUGGGGAUAAAUAUAUUGGAAUAUAUAAUUUUUAAUUGACAAGAUUAAUUAAGGCUAACUUUAUGGUUAAACAUGACUUUCAGCAUGGAGGUUAGGCAACUAUAUACAUGAAAACUCCUAUCUUCCUGCCUAAAACUGUCAACAUAUUCUUUUGUUUAUAGAGAAUGUGGUCUUUUGCAAAAUGAAAAGGUAAGAGAACAAAGCUCAGUAACACAAACUCCGAUUCUGUUCCUUUGCACCCUUCCUAAUAAAUUUAUGGACAGUCUGGGUCAGGUUGUGGCUGGCUUUCUGUAUUGCUUGAAGACUUGGAAAAUUCUCUGUAUUAUUUCAUACAUACAUCUGUAUCUUUUUUCUUUUCUCAAUGGGUUAUUGAUUUCACAUCAGGGAAAAGAAUCUAGUUGUGGGUUUUUUUCCCCCAAAACAAGCCGUUUCUUUGAAUAAAAGUUGGUAUUUCCUUCUUUUUCAAAGGUUUGUAUGUUUUCUUUUGUGUAUAAUAGAACUACGACUGUAUUUAUUCUUACAAUAGUAGCAUCUGCAUAAAUCUUAACUAUUGCACUUGCCCCAAAAAGCCUUAGAAAAGUCAGUUGAAGAGAUUUAUGAUGCGAUCUACUGUUACUAGGUUUUAACGCUGUAAUAGCUUCAGUGUUAUAAUAGUCUUUUAUAUUUCCUUUGGGGGAAAAUGGAUUACUACUCUUUUUCAGAAGCCUGUUCCCAAGGUAAUCACUUUUUAAAGUCUUCUAUGUUUCUGUUUGUUCUGAAGGAGAUAUGUUUGUAUGAAUGUUAAAAGGAAAUUUAAAUUGGUUUUCAAGGAUAUUUCUGCUGGAUUUAAAAUAACUCUAAGUGAUCUUUAUCACAGAUUUUUUUUUUCCUUUGAACUAAUAGGAAACAGCUGUUUAGCUGAUUCUAUUAUGUAGCAAUUCAAAACUAAUGUUCUAGGCCACUUUGUGGUUGUUCCUUGUGGUAGAUACUUUUGUAUCUUAAAAUUGUAUUUUGCUAUUUAAAUUUUUGUUUUCACAGGACUUUCUUCCUUAGAUAACUUUGUGAUACAAUUGAGUAUGAUCAUACUUAAUUUAGAUAUAUUCCUGUAACUUGCUAUAACAUAAUUAUUCUUGGUCUCAUAGUCUAGCUUAAUUCAGUUGAAUAAUAAAUUAACUUUAUAAAAAUUAAGCACCUAAGAAGAUUAUUAAACUUCUUCCAUGCAUAGUACAUUAGGCAAGCUAAUUGGAAAUUUGGAGGAAGUGAGCUAGAAAUUUUUCUAAAAUGUUACUAGUUUUCCCUGAAAGUUAGUAACUUAGGUAUCAUUUAGCCAAAGUAUGUUACCACUAAAAGUGACUGUUCUAAGGCCUUCUGUAUAAAUAUUAAAUGUAUGUUCUUUACCUCAAGGCUUUAAUUAGUAUCUUUUGGCCUUUUUAUGCUUCUCUUAUUUCAUUAGCUUAAAUUUUUUUUCUGAGUAUUCAGUCAAGUAUCUGUACUGACCAGAAGAGGAAUUUCAUCCUUUGCUUUCUAUUUAUUACUUGAACAUUACUUUAAAGUGACUUAUAAUUGGAGACUGACAAAUUUGUGUUUUCUUCAAACAGAUGAAAACUUUAUUCUCAAACAUGACAGAGCGUUCCUUUUGUCAAUGGCUAAUCGAGGGAAACAUACCAAUGGUUCCCAGUUUUUCAUAAAGAGUGUUACACCGUGCGCUCCAAAGUACCACAAAGCCUGCUCCACACCUGGAUGGGGUGCAUGUCGUCUUUGGACUGGUUAUUUCUGGUUUUGAAGUAAUCGAACAAAUUGAAAAUCUGAAAACUGAUGCUGCAAGCAGACCGUAUGCAGAUGUGCGAGUUAUUGACUGUGGGGUACUUGCCACAAAAUCAGUGAAAGACGUUUUUGAGAAAAAAAGGAAGAAACCAGCUCAUUCAGAAGACUUGGAUUCCUCUUCCAAUUCCUCUUCCUCUUCAGAGUCAUCUUCGGAAAGUGAAAUUGAACAUGAGAGAAGCAGAAGGAGGAAACGUAAGAGGAGGCCAAAAGCUAAACGUUCUAAAAAGAGGAGAAAGGAAGCAAGCAGUUCAGAAGAGCCAAGGAAUGAACAUGUAAUGAGCCCCAAAGGUCACUCUGAGAGGAGUGAUACCAAUGAAAAAAGGUCAGUUGAUGCCAAUGCUAAAAGGGAAAAGCCUGUGGUCCGUCCAGAAGAAAUUCCUCCAGUGCCUGAGAACCGAUUUUUACUGAGAAGAGAUAUGCCUGUUGCGACUGCGGAACCUGAACCGAAGAUUCCUGAUGUUGCACCCAUUGUAAGUGAUCAGAAACCAUCUGUAUCAAAGUCUGGACGGAAGAUUAAAGGACGGGGCACAAUUCGUUAUCACACACCUCCAAGAUCCAGAUCCUGUUCUGAGUCAGAUGAUGAUGACAGCAGUGAAACACCUCCUCACUGGAAGGAGGAGAUGCAGAGAUUGCGAGCAUACAGACCACCUAGUGGGGAAAAAUGGAGCAAAGGAGAUAAGUUAAGUGACCCCUGUUCAAGCCGAUGGGAUGAAAGAAGCUUGUCCCAGAGAUCAAGGUCAUGGUCCUAUAAUGGAUAUUAUUCAGACCUUAGUACAGCAAGACACUCUGAUGGCCACCAUAGGAAACGCAGAAAAGAGAAAAAAGUUAAGCAUAAAAAGAAAGGGAAAAAGCAAAAACAUUGCAGAAGACACAAACAAACUAGGAAGAGAAGGAUUCUUAUGCCGUCUGACAUAGAAUCCUCAAAAUCUUCCACUCGGAGAAUGAAAUCCUCUUGUGAUAGAGAAAGGAGUUCUCGUUCUUCCUCAAUAUCGUCUCAUCACUCAUCAAAGAGAGACUGGUCUAAAUCUGAUAAGGAUGUUCAGAGCUCUUUAACCCAUUCCAGCAGAGACUCAUACAGAUCGAAAUCUCACUCACGGUCGUAUUCUAGAGGAAGCUCAAGAUCAAAGACGGCAUCAAAGUCCUCACAUUCUCGAAGUAGAUCGAAGUCCAGAUCUAGUUCCAAGUCUGAGCACCAAAAGAGAGCAUCAAAAUCACCAAGAAGAACAGCUUCUCAGUUAAGCGAAAAUAAACCAAUUAAAACAGAACCUUUAAGAGCAACCAUGGCCCAAAAUGAGAAUGUAGUAGUACAACCCGUUGUAGCAGAAAAUAUUCCUGUAAUACCACUGAGUGACAGUCCCCCCCCUUCAAGAUGGAAGCCUGGACAGAAACCUUGGAAGCCCUCUUAUGAGCGAAUUCAGGAAAUGAAAGCUAAAACAACCCACUUGCUGCCCAUCCAAAGCACUUACAGUUUAGCAAAUAUUAAAGAGACUGGUAGCUCAUCAUCCUACCGUAAAAGAGAAAAGAAUUCAGAAAGUGAUCAGAGCACUUAUUCAAAAUACAGUGAUAGAAGUUCAGAAAGCUCACCAAGGUCAAGGAGCAGAUCUUCUAGGAGUAGAUCUUAUUCCAGAUCAUAUACAAGAUCACGUAGUCUAGCUAGUUCACAUUUAAGGUCUAGGUCUCCAUCAUCUAGAUCUCAUUCCCGAAAUAAAUACAGUGAUCAUUCACAGUGUAGUAGAUCAUCUUCAUAUACUUCAGUUAGCAGUGAUGAUGGAAGACGAGCUAAGAGGAAACUUAGAUCCAGUAGGAAAAAAAACAGCGUUUCCCAUAAAAGGCACAGCAGCAGCUCUGAAAAGACAGUUCACAGUAAAUACGUGAAAGGUGGAGACAGGUCUUCAUGUCAGAGAAGGUAUAGCGAGAGCAGAUCAUCUUUGGAUUAUUCUUCAGACAGUGAGCAGUCAAGUGUUCGGGCUACACAGCCAGCCCAGGAAAGAGAGAAGCAGGGCCAAAUGGGAAGAACACAUAUUAAACAAGAAAAAAACAGAGGUGAAGAGAAAUCCAGGCCUGAACGGGAAUGCCCUCAUUCAAAGAAAAGAACUUUGAAAGAGACUCUUUCUGAUCGCUUUAGAAAUGGCAGUAAGCCCAGAAAGAAGAAUUAUGCUGGGAGUAAAUGGGACUCUGAGUCAAAUUCAGAACGAGAUGUAGCUAAAAACAGUAGAAAUGACUCGCAGCUAUCGUCUGACAAGGAGGAAGGUGAGGCCACAUCCGAUUCCGAAUCAGAGGGCAGUGAAAUUCACAUCAAAGUCAAACCCACAACAAAGGCGUCCGCACAUUCUUCACUGCCUGGUGACAAGGGCGCUUGGAAAUCAAGCAAACGGCGCACAUCAACCUCCAAUUCCGAGGGCUCUUGUUCCAAUUCUGAAAACAAUAGAGGAAAGCCACAGAAGCACAAACAUGGGUCAAAGGAAAAUCUUAAAAGAGAACACACCAAAAAAGUGAAAGAGAAAUUGAAAGGGAAGAAAGACAAGAAGCACAAGGCUCCAAAGCGAAAGCAAGCGUUUCACUGGCAGCCUCCACUAGAAUUUGGUGAAGAGGAGGAGGAGGAGAUUGAUGACAAGCAGGUUGCUCAGGAGUCAGAAGAGAAAAAGGUUUCUGAAAACAGUGAAACCGUGAAAGAUAAUAUUCCAGAAACAGAGAAAUCAUGUGAAGAGGGCAGCCUUUCAGGUAAACAUGAUACAGUGACUGUUUCAUCAGGUUUUGAUCAGUUUACUAAAGAUGAUAAUAAACUCAGCCUUUCUCCCACAGCUUUAAAUACUGAGGAAAAUGUGGCCUGUUCGCAAAGCAUUCGGCAUGUUGAAGAACGUGUUCCCAGUGGAGGGGAAGAUGUGCUUCAAACAGAUGACAACAUGGAGAUCUGUACCCCUGACAGGAGUUCCCCAGCAAAGGUAGAGGAGGCUUCCCCUCUGGGAAAUGCACACCUUGCUACCCCAGAUACAAACGUCGUUCUGAAGCAGGAUAUGGCAGCAGAACAUUCUGAAGCAGUGGUAGUAAAACAGGAACAGGAAAGCAGCAUGUCUGAAAGUAAAGCGUUGGGUGAAGUGGGGAAACAGGACAGUGGCUCUGCUAGCUUGGCUAGUGCUGGAGAAAGUUCUGGGAAGAAGGAGGUGGCUGACAAGAGCCAGGUCAACCUCAUUGAUAAGAAAUGGAAGCCCCUGCAAGGUGUGGGGAACCUGGCAGCACCCACGGCUGCCACAUCUGGUGCUGUGGGAGUUAAGGCGUUGACCACUGUGGCCGAAGUGAAACCACAAGGCUUGAGAAUAGAAAUUAAAAGCAAAAAUAAAGUCCGGCCUGGGUCUCUCUUUGAUGAAGUAAGAAAGACCGCGCGCUUAAACCGUAGACCAAGAAAUCAGGAAAGCUCAAGUGAUGAGCAGACGCCUAGUCGGGACGGUGAGAGCCAGUCCAGGAGUCCGAGUAGAUCUCGAAGCAAAUCCGAAACCAAAUCAAGGCACAGAGCAAGGUCUGCCUCCUAUAGUCACUCAAGAAGUCGGUCGAGAAGUUCCACGUCUUCUUAUCGAUCAAGAAGCUACUCUAGAAGUCGGAGCAGAGGCUGGUACAGCAGAGGCCGGACCAGAAGCCGGAGCAGUUCCUACCGCAGUUACAAAAGUCACAGGACGUCCAGCAGGAGCAGAUCCAGGAGCAGCUCAUAUGAUCCCCACAGUCGGUCCAGCAGGUCCUACACCUACGACAGUUACGAUAGCAGGAGUCGGAGUCGAAGUAGAAGCCAGAGAAGCGACAGUUACCGCCGAGGCAGAAGUUACAAUCGGCGGUCCAGGAGUUGUAGAUCUGACGGCUCUGACAGUGAAACUGACCGAAGUUACUCCCAUCACCGGAGCCCCAGUGAAAGCAGCAGAUACAGUUGAAAGGUCCUUGUUUUGGAUACAGGUUAUAGCUUAUUUGUAAAUAUCUGGCAACUUAAAAGCUUAAGAAACUUAAAAACAGUCUGUUGUUCUAUUUCAAUAUCAGAGAUGAAUUUCAAAAGUAGACACUUCUUAACUGUUACUCGUUCAUUUACAUGUGUGCAGAAGAAUUUAAAAUACAGACAGGUCUCCUAAAAAUAUUUUUAUGCCACAUUUUACAGUAGCCAGCUAUGGAAAUGAACUUCAUUUUCUUGAAUCAAGAAAUCGUGAAAUUUAUCUAAGUAUAAUUUACAAUAUUAUUUUAAGACUAUUUCUAUCUCACGUAUUCCUCAGAAUACAGAUCCUUUUUGCCUGUUUUUCCGGUUUUAGCAUAUAUGCUGCCAAGCAUAGAACUGUGAAGGGGAACUGUUAAAGGCGGCCAAAUAUUUAUAUACUGAUUACGUCGAGUCUUGUACGUAUGUGCUCUAAAAACAAACCACCCAGAAUUGAUACUGUGGGUAGCCAGGAGGAGAAGGCAGUGGCUCUGGGGUUCUUAAUUCAUUCCUAACUUCUUUGAUAUUUCGCAGGAUGAGGAAAGUGGUCAUCAUACAUCCCACACAGCCUGUAUUACUUCAGGCUUGUGGGCAAGGUUAAGAAGAAUCAAUCAGCCUUAACUGUAAAUAGCUGCACUGUCUCUAAGGACUUACUGUUCUGCGUUCUUUUUAAUCAAUACUGAUCAGAAGUCUAGGUUAUAAAAACAAUUCUAUUCCACUUCAUGCUUUGGUGCUUGGUAACUUUUGGUGCCUCUUUAAGCAUCACUCUUAUAUUAGAACAGCAUAAAAGAUAAAAAUGAAAUUCAAAAAAAAAUCACUGGCACCAAAAAUGGUUUAUUCUGAGCUGUCUUCACUUUGACUAUUUGGGGGGCUUCUCUCAAGUACAGAUGGGGGUUGGGGUCCCCUAGAGCAGACAGGAUUGGCAAAAGGAGAUGUUGGCCACUCAGGUGUACUGCGUGUGUGUGCCUCUGGAAGAGUGAAGAACGGACUUCAAAAGUAACACCAAAAUCUGCCCGCCACCAUCCGGGAGACCUUUGCAGGGCUUUCAGGUCCUGCACCUACAGGACAUUACGACAGCCGCUGACCUGUCAUAACCAGCUGUUUUUCCUGUUUCCACUGUGACCUGCAGCUGACUCCACGAAGCCUUGCCUAACCCGACCCAGGUGCAAGAGAGGGGAAGGGAGAUAGAGGGGAUGGCAUCAAUUACGUAUUUUCAUGGCUUUGGGUGGUUCCUCCAAAAAUAAUUUGACCUGUAAAAACUAGUCUGUGGGUUUUUUUUUAAACUUUACUUUGAAUUUGUUCCCCAAGUGUACUUAAUCCCCUUAGUGCCAGUUUAAUCCACUUAUGCAGAAGAAAUUCAUAUUGGAUGCCUGAUGUAGAAACUGGCGCCGCCCCACCACAGGCCUUGUCUGCUGUGCUUGGGAAGUGGGAAAGAGCCCUCAGGUGGAGGGAGCUGACAACUCUUGGUGGAGGAAGGGUGCCCUGGAUGUAUUAAAAUUAUCACCCAAAGAAGUUGUGAAAACAGGGUCAGGUGGUCAGUUGUUUGCCAGGUCAGUAGACAGAAGUGCGUAAGAAAACAGGACUGAGGCCAAACAAACAGUUCUAGAUACUGAAUACAGAACAGUGUGAUUUAUAUGAAAGGUUGCCUGCAAAGGACUGUAUUACUGCUACUCAGCAGGAAGAAAUGCAUUCAGAGCCCAAGCAGAAACUGCCAGAUCUAAUUAGGCUUGUCUGUUGCUGCGUGACACAUCACCCCAAAUUUAGCAGUUUAAAGCACCACCCAUUCAGCAGUUCUGUAGCUUGUGGGUCUGGCGCAGUGUGGCUGAUUCUCUGCUCAGGGUCUCGGGGGGCUGAAGUCUCGGGUUGGCAGGACAGUGUUCCUUCAUGGCAGCUCUGGGGAAGAGUCUGCUUCCAGGCCCAUUUAGGUUGUUGGCAGAAUCCAGUUCCUGGCUGGCUCAGCCGGGGCCCCGCUCACCUCCUCAAGGCUGCCUGCAUUCCUCCUCGUGUGGUCCCUCCAGCUUCCAACCAGCCUUCGUGUCCUGCUUGUUUCUCGUGCUUCCUAUCUCUCUCCCACCCUCUGUUUGAGGGGCAUGUGAUUAGCUCAAGCCCACAGAUACGUUUUAAGGUGGAUUGUGCAUAGAACAUAAUUGCACAUAGGACUGCUAUCUCAUUGUGUUCACGGGUUCCAGAGAUUAGCUCACUGAAACGGGGAGGGGCACUUUCCAAUUCUGCCUGCCACAGGCAGUAACUGCCCGUCUCAGUGGUGGGUGGAAUUUUAUCCAGAAAAGAUAGUCCCUAGAAGCCUCAUUUCUUUUCUCCAUGGAAAAGGACAGCGCUCUGCUGCCGCAUUCAACUUGUAUGUUUACUGACAGAGUGAACUACAAAAAUAGCUCUUCUUCUGAAAGGGGGUUGUUGUAUAUUUUGAGGUUAUUUUUUAAUAAAAUUGAAUUAUGUUGUGUAUUGUGCUUCUUAGGAAAUGCAUUAUUGGACUGUUUUUGUACCAUCCUGUUUAUUGCUGGAAUUGCUCAGAAACUCUAUAAAACACUUUUGUACAUGUUAGCAAUGUCUAAUUUGUAUACACUUCAGUUAAACUUCCCUAAAACUGGAGAAGGGGACCUUGUAGAAAUUAAAACAUAUACUUAGUCUAA